UCAAUUUGCUUAUGAUCUUACGAUUACGUUUAAAAUUUUUUCACAUGUAAUGGCCUUUAUGCAGAAAUGUGUGCUCCUGCCCUAACACUUCCAUCUGGAAGGGGCAAAAAAAAUAUUUAAUGCCUUGUAUCUCGUUUCGUGAAGCAAAACGACGCUUUCUUUGCUCAUAUCUUUGUUUUUACUCAAAAACAUUGAUUGAGUAUAUUUUUAUCAAAAUCCAAGCAAAGUAUACUUCUAGCUACUAUGGCAGAAGUAGCUGGAUGUGGUGAAUUACAACAACUAGUUCAAGAGGAAGAAUGUGAAGAGCCACUCAGUCAUGGAGGAGAAGCUACUCCUCCAUCGACUCCAGCAAGAUUACAACGUCCAAAUAAAACUGAAGUACAUAACUCCAAUAUAUCACAACAAGUAUUGUGGGAAAGUAACAUGCAAAUAUCACCAAUUAUUAGUAAAGGAAGUUCCGGACAAGGAACAAGUCAAGGCUCCAUGAUUUCCAGUCGAGCUGUUAACGCUUUAAAUUAUACUAGCAAUACAUCUCGAUUAACAUAUCUUAAUGAAAAGGAGAAACAGAGACCUAAUCGACCAGAUCUUCCAAGAAUUGUGAGACAGCAGAAAGCUAUGGUGCCAUGCAAACACCAUUGCUUUUUGUCAGAGGUUCCCGAUGUUCGUCAUAUGGAACAAGCUCUCCUGCAAUUGUUGGAAGACUUUCAUAGCGGCAAUUUACGAGCGUUUGGAAAAGACUGUAGCAUGGAGCAGAUGACGGAGAUACGAGAGCAACAAGAACGUUUGGCCAGACUACAUUUCGAGCUGGGGCAACGACAAGAAGUGGGUAGCGAACAGUCAGGUCUUCGACAAUCGAGUGCAAAUAUGCGACACUUGCUUCAUCGUCUCCAACAGUUAAGCAUUUGUAUAGAAAAGUUGCAUAGCAAAUGAUUACCUUGCACCUACUGUAAUAUGUUAAAUUCUUGAUUUAGGAAAUGUUAUAUUAUUAGAUAUAAUUUUUAUAAAAAUGCAUUUUUUGCUAAAUAUAUGUAAUAU